AAUAUCCAUUUUCUGUUCUCAGAACUCUGGCAAGGUGAUUUGAAUUAUCCUGCUAUGACAAAGCUGGUGGUGGAGGUUCUUGAUGCAAGUGACCUGAUGCCCAAAGAUGGGCAGGGAUCAGCAAGUCCCUUCGUCGAAGUUGAAUUCGACGAUCAGCGCCACCGAACACAGACUAAAGCAAAAGACCUCAAUCCAAUGUGGAAUGAGAGAUUUGUGUUCAAUGUGUCUAACCCAACAGACCUUCCCAACAAGAUAAUUGAUAUAGUUGUCUACAAUGACAGGAAAGGCCACAAGAAUUUCCUUGGCAGAGUCAGGAUUUAUGGCGUCUCUGUUCCCAAUUCUGAAUCAGAAGCAUCAAUCCAACGUUACCCACUUGAUAAAAGAGGCCCUUUCUCCAACAUACGCGGCGACAUCGCUCUUAAAAUCUAUGCUGCUUAUGACAAUUCCUACUCAGUCCCACCACAAGCCAAUGGCACUGCAGAGUCUCCCCUCCAGGGAUUCCAAACUGAUAAUCCCGGGGAAGAUGUCAAGAACAAUGAGAAGAAGCAGCAGAAGAAGAAGAAGAAGGAGAAGGAGACAGAGACAAGAUCAUUCUACUCUAUUGGAACCAAUACUGGUGCUCCAGCUUUUAGUCCUCCUCCACCUUCAUCGUUCUCUGGUUUUGGGAUUGAUUCACAACAAAUGAAGGACAAACCAGUGGAGACCAGGACUGAUUAUGCUCGUGCAGCUCAGCCUAGUCCUCAAGCUACUGUAAUGCAUAUGCAGUUUCCAAGACAGAAUCCUGAAUUCAACUUAGUGGAGACAAGUCCACUGGUUGCAGCUCGAUUGCAAUACAAGGGGGGCGACAAGACUAUGGGCACCUAUGAUCUCGUCGAGCAGAUGCAUUACUUGUAUGUCAAUGUAGUCAAGGCUAGAGAUCUUCCUACCAUGGAUGUCACUGGGAGUCUUGAUCCAUACGUCGAAGUGAAGCUUGGGAAUUACAAAGGAAUAACCAAACACUUAGAGAAGAACCAGAAUCCUGUGUGGAGGCAAGUGUUUGCUUUCUCAAAGGAUAAGUUGCAGUCUAAUUUGCUUGAGAUUGUGGUGAUGGAUAAGGAUAUUGGGAAGGAUGAUUUCGUCGGCCAAGUCUUCUUCGAUCUUUUGGAGGUUCCACUUCGAGUCCCGCCGGACAGUCCAUUGGCGCCACAGUGGUAUAAAUUGGAAGAUAAGAAGGGGGAGAAGACCAAAGGAGAGGUGAUGCUUGCAGUGUGGAUGGGUACACAAGCUGAUGAGGCAUUUCCUGAAGCAUGGCACUCUGAUGCUCACUCCCUCAGUCCCGAGAACCUCUCUAGCACUCGGUCACAGGUUUACUUCUCUCCCAAGCUCUGUUACCUCCGUGUUAAUGUCAUAGAAGCUCAGGACCUUGUACCUUCUGAUAAAGGUAGGGUUCCUGAUACUUUUGUGAAGAUACAAUUGGGGAAUCAAUCCAGAAUCACUAGGCCUUCACCGAUGCGGUCUAUGAAUCCGGUAUGGAAUGAUGAGCUCAUGUUUGUGGCUUCAGAGCCAUUGGAUGAGUUCAUGAUCAUCACAGUUGAUGACAGAAUUGGACCUGGAAAGGAUGAGAUCUUAGGGAGACUAAUUCUUCCUGUUUCAGCUGCUAGCCAGAGAUCCGACCCCCAUAAGCUUCCCCCUGCUCGUUGGUUUAAUCUUGAAAAGCCUUCUUCUACUGAAGAAUCUAUUGCUGCUACUGAGAAGAAGAAAGAACCAAAAUUCUCAAGCAAAAUUCAACUCAGGCUUUGCUUAGAUGCUGGUUAUCAUGUUCUUGAUGAGUCCACACAUUUUAGUAGUGAUCUUCAGCCAUCAUCAAAACACCUCAGGAAGCCCAGCAUUGGAAUUUUGGAAUUGGGAAUCUUAAGUGCUAGAAACCUGCUACCCAUGAAAACCAAGAAUGGGAGAACAACGGAUGCUUACUGUGUUGCCAAGUAUGGGAACAAGUGGAUUAGGACUCGUACUCUUCUUGACACUCUGCAUCCUCGGUGGAAUGAACAGUACACCUGGGAGGUCUAUGAUCCAUGCACAGUCGUCACUGUUGGUGUUUUUGACAAUUGCCACAUCAAUGGAAGCAAAGAUGAAGCCAGAGAUCAAAGAAUUGGGAAGGUGAGAAUUCGAUUAUCGACAUUGGAGACUGAUCGUGUAUACACUCACUUCUAUCCACUGUUAGUUCUUCAGCCCUCUGGUCUUAAAAAAACAGGGGAACUUCACUUGGCAAUUCGCUUCACCUGCACUGCAUGGGUGAAUAUGGUAAGCCUCUAUUCCAGGCCAUUGCUACCCAAGAUGCACUAUGUUCAACCUAUUCCAGUCCGCCAUAUCGAUUUGCUCCGUCACCAGGCAAUGCAGAUUGUGGCAGCACGGCUUUCGCGUGCUGAGCCGCCUCUUCGAAGGGAGACUGUGGAGUACAUGCUUGAUGUGGACUACCAUAUGUGGAGUAUCAGAAGAAGCAAAGCCAACUUCAAUCGCAUAAUGUCACUCCUCUCCGGGCUAAUGGGAGUUGGCAAAUGGUUUGCUGAUAUCUGUAAUUGGAAGAACCCGGUGACAACAGUUCUAGUUCAUUUGCUUUUCCUGAUACUGGUCUGCUACCCAGAACUAAUUCUACCGACGAUCUUCCUCUAUUUGUUCGUUAUUGGGAUACGGAAUUAUCGAUUCAGAACGAGGCAUCCACCCCAUAUGGAUGCUCGCCUAUCACAUGCAGAUCGGGCUCACCCAGAUGAGCUUGAUGAGGAAUUUGACUCAUUCCCGACAUCACGGCCAGGGGACAUUGUGAGGAUGAGGUAUGAUCGAUUGAAGAGUGUAGCAGGGAGGGUGCAGACAGUGGUUGGAGACCUGGCAACACAGGGUGAGAGGGCUCAUUCUUUACUAAGCUGGCGUGAUCCGAGAGCCACGGCGAUCUUCAUCUUCUUUGCAUUGGUUUGGGCUAUAUUUCUGUAUGUCACACCUUUCCAGGUCGUGGCGGUGCUGGCGGGGCUCUAUCUGUUACGACAUCCCAGGUUCAGGGGCAAGAUGCCUUCUGUACCUUUCAAUUUCUACAAGAGGUUACCUGCAAAGACGGACAUGCUUCUCUGAGAAUCAGACUUCUGUUUAAAAACAUGUUACCAGUAGCUAGUUAACUCUUCAGGCACCACCCACCCAUUUCAAGUUUAAUAACAGGUACAAAGAACCUUACUACAAACUCUCCCACUCAGGAGAGGAAUUCCAACUUUUCCUUACAUGCAUAUCCUCUCUUCUUUCUCCCCUACAUAUGAAACCAAUUCUUCUUUAUGGCUC